UCUUUGAUCUUUCAAACACGACACCGCCACAGAAAAGAGAAAAACGUGUCUCUCUGAGAGAAAUGAUGCUCAAAAUCACCACAGCCACAACUUCCACCACCACCAUUUCCUCCUCCCCACGCCUCCUCUCAUCUCUCCCCAAAUUAUCCUUCCUUAAACCCUUCAAUCCCCACCGUGCUCCGCCCAUCAGACGCCCUACCAUCUCCACCUCGCCGAGAAUGAGUUGGCUCAACAAGUUCGGCCUCGCCGCCCGCUCCCCCACCGACUCCUCCUCCUCCUCCGCCGUCUGCCAGGGCCCCGACGACGAUUCACCUGCUCCGGGUCAGCAGUUCGCUCAAAUCGGGGCGGGUUGUUUCUGGGGCGUCGAAUUGGCGUUUCAGCGCGUCCCCGGUGUCACGAAGACGGAGGUCGGGUACACCCAAGGCUAUCUGGAUAACCCGACUUACGAGGAUGUGUGCUCCGGUACCACCGGCCAUUCGGAAGUGGUUCGGGUUCAGUAUGACCCGAAUGAGUGCAGAUUCGAAACCCUGCUCGACGUUUUCUGGUCCCGCCACGACCCGACCACUCCCAAUCGCUCGGGGAAUGAUGUAGGAACUCAGUACAGAUCCGGGAUAUACUUCUACACACCCGAGCAAGAAAAAGCGGCAUUGGAGUCGAAGGAAAGGCAACAAAAGCUAAUGAGCAGGAAAAUCGUAACUGAAAUACUUCCGGCCAAGAAAUAUUACAGAGCAGAAGAAUAUCACCAGCAAUACCUUUCCAAGGGCGGUCGACUCGGAUCCAAGCAAUCUGCCGAGAAAGGCUGCAACGAUCCAAUUAGGUGCUACGGCUAAAAUUCCGAAAGGUGGUAAUAUAUAAUAAGGGGAUGGAUUUAUAUUAUGUGGUUUCUGAAUAAGUUAUCCUUGGCACUUUUUUUUUUACCUUGUUGUGGCGCGGUGAGAAGUGUUGUAUAUUUUGCGAAUGUUGUUUCUGGGCAUGUAAUAAUAUUUGUUUUAACUUAUUUCAUUAAAUCUCUGGUUUUUAAUAAAAGUUCGGAGAAUAAAUAAA